AUGGUGGUCGAUCGCCGUGCAAUUCGCAGUGGCGAACUGGCGUACCAGGCAUUCUACGAUGUGGCUGCCACCAAAUUGACUGGGUUGGGCAGAGGCGAUUGCGCCGCAUCCUCAACCAAAUCAGUCGUUGGGCAGCCAUCAUCACGCGCAGUCACGCAAUGUUUCGUGUUUGAGAUUCAUAAGUCACUCUUGCUUCGAGUAAACGGGGACCUUUGA